AUGUGGACCAGAUCGUUUCAUGUGUGGUUUGCAUCGAUGACAACAUUACUGCUGACUACCGAGAUCGUAACAACAAAUGCGUUGCUAAAACGAUGUUAUCAAUGUCGAUCUCGAAGCGAGCUUGGAAGUUGCAAAGAUCCAUUCCUGUUGAAUGCUACUCAAGUUGAAAGUGAACGUGGCGUGUCAGCUGUACCGUGCGCAUCCGGUUGGUGUGGCAAAGUAAUCGAAGGAAUGGGUUCAUUCCGUGAAGAUGAUUAUGAUAUGGCUACCCAACGCAUGUGUGUUCAGCGUGGACCCUCGGAUUCCGAGGAUCGCUGUGCGUACACCAUCUACAACCACAAGAAGGUCUACAUGUGCUUUUGCCAGGGAGAUCUCUGCAACACUGCCAACACGCCCAGAUAUUCACACCAGUGGGUCGGACUUUGCAGUAGUACGAUUUCACCGACCGGGUAA